AUGGCGGGAAUGUACGAUUUUAAGAAUAACGUGAAAACCGUUUCUCGUAACAGGUGUGAGCCUCCGCGCAAGAGAGGCGUAGAGACUGGCACCACACACACAGACACCACACUACUGAACACCUUCCAGCAGCACUUUGCAGCAGCUAUUGAUUCGUUCCAGGAUGCAGUGAAGUGCCUGUCAGAGUUUGUGUGUAACGCAGCGUUCCCUGACACCAGCAUGGAGGCUAUCAGACUCAUCCGACACUGCGCCAAAUACGUGUCAGAAAGGCCACAGGCGCUGAGGGAAUACACCAGCGACGACAUGAAUGUUGCCCCCGGCGAUCGGGUGUGGGUGCGUGGCUGGUUCCCCAUCCUGUUUGAGCUGUCCUGUAUCAUCAACCGCUGCCAGCUGGAUGUCCGGACCAGAGGUCUCACGGUCAUGUUCGAGAUCAUGAAGAGCUACGGCCUCACCUUCGAGAAGCACUGGUGGCACGACCUCUUCAGAAUCGUCUUCCGCAUCUUUGACAACAUGAAGCUCCCUGAGCAGCAGACAGAGAAAACCGAGUGGAUGACGACGACCUGUAACCACGCUCUGUAUGCCAUCUGUGACGUGUUCACCCAGUUUUAUGAGCCUCUCAGUGAAAUCCUGCUGGCUGACAUUUUCACACAGCUGCAGUGGUGUGUCAGGCAAGACAACGAGCAGCUGGCCCGGUCGGGGACCAACUGUCUGGAGAACCUGGUGAUUCUGAACGGGGAGAAGUUCAGCCCCGAGGUGUGGCAGAUCACAUGCGCCUGUAUGCUGGAGAUCUUCCAGAACACCAGCCCGCAUGCUUUGUUGACAUGGCGACCGGCUGGGCAGGAUGAGGAAACUGCAGAUGGCAAGCAUUUAGACGCUGAUUUUGACAGCGUGUCCCAGAGCAGCUACGACAGAGCUCUGUCUGAGAGGGGACACAGCCAGAUGUCCAGCGACGACACCUGGAAGGGCAAGUCCAGUGCUAACUGGUGA